AUGGGGGCGGGCACUGUGGAGCCGCAGAUGGGUUUGCACCAGCUGCUGCAUGUGUUUUUGGAGGCCCAAAACAUGCUCUGCGUCGCCCAGGUGCACAGGGUCUGGAAUGAGGCUUCAAGGACCAAGGAACUGUGGAGGCAGCUGUGUCUGAGACGCUGGUCCUCCUGUAAAGCCUCCCAGAUGACCCUGGGCACACAGACAUGGAAACAGUACUAUCUCUGCCGAUCCGAGCUGGAGUUCCAAAUGGAAUCUGGGUGGCCAGAGAAGGAUUUUAUCUGCAAAGCCAUUGCUGGGCACAAAGGAGAGAUAGAUGAGCUGGCCUACAUCUCAACCAAAGAGUACUGGUUUGAUGGGUGGGAGAAGUCCGUGGUGUGCGCCGUGUCAUCAGAUGGCACCGUGUGUGCCUGGGAUCUGCAAGAGGGCACAGAGCUCUGUCGAGCCCUCUACAGCCUGCAGCUCUGGUGAAUUUGGUGACUUACCCUCGGCUGCAACUGGCUGUCACCGUGGAUGAGCGGGGACUGAUCAAAGUAUGCAAAGCAGAGAACGGGUGUAAGCAAGCCUCCUGCCUGCCUACAUACUCGUCUUCAUUGGAGGCCUGUGACUUUCCAGAAGGCCCCCUCCUGCUGAUUAUCCAGGUGGGCUCGAAAUCUAAUGACAAGUGUCCUUAUAAU